AUGGCUAAAAGAUCAAAACAUCUUGGAUUAGGUAAGGCCGCCAAAACCAAAAAAAAGCAAAAAGUGGAAAGCAGCGAAGAAUCUGCGGAAAACGUUGCUAGCAAUGAAUUGACAGUAGAGUUGAAUGACGAAGUUGAUGCAGAUGAUGAAAUCGCUCAAGUCGUUGCACUCUGGCAGACAUAUUCGAAGUCGGAGAAGGAAAACGAAUUGGUUCUUAAUGGAAUUAUUCAUGAGUGUGAUAGAAUAUUGAGAAACUCGAGCUCUAAUACGGAUGAAUCGAAGCAAGAUGCAAUUCCCGACUAUUUCCAUUCUGUAUACGCAUUGGCUUUGGCUGACCUCGCUCUUUUCCAUACUGAAGAGGAAAAAAUUGAUAAAAUUGAUGAGUUCUUCCAAGCUUCUCUCGAAAGAAUUGAAUUGGGACUCGAAAAAUAUCCAAACUCUAUUGAUCUUUUGUUUGCAAAGAGUAGAAUAUUGAUCAACAGGAUACCCUUACAAUACAUAUCAAAACUUACUUUAGAGUCCAAAAAGGAAGAAUUGAAAUUAAAACUUGAAGAGAAGCUAGAUGAGGCUUUAAGUGUAUACGGAAAUGCCGAAUCCAAGGCUAUUGAGAGAAAAGAUGGAACGACAGUCCACUUUACAUCAGAGAACUUGACCUUCCUCGAAGCAUUGGAUGAUUUGUUGGAUAUUGUAGACAAUUUCGGAAAGGAAAAGGGUCCUGAUGAAGAUGAUGACGAUGAAGAUGAGGAAAAUGAUGAAGAUAAAGACGAUGAUGAAGACGAAAAUGACGUAGAAUUAUCUGAAUCCCAUCCCUUAUACGAAAUCGCCACUUCAGACAAGUACAACCAGUGGUGGAGAGAUCACACAGUUUCAUUCUUGGACCAAGUUUCAGUCGAAACUAAUGCCGCUCUUUAUAGAGAAUUAUGCAAAAGGCUCGGUCAAUCAUAUCUCCAAGAAGCCGAUAUCCCAUCCUCUGUAUAUACAACACUCACUUACGAUGAUGAUUACGAGGGAAUAACCGAAUUACAAGGGCUCACUACAUCUGAGGCACAAAAGAUCGCUCAGGAGUUGUUCCAAACCGCUUGUGGUUACUUUGAAAAAGCCGAAGAUAAGGAUGAACCUGAGACAUGGGUGCCAGUUGCUGAAGCAAAGAUCUCUCUUGGAAAUAUGUACAACCUUGAGGACCCAGAGCAAGAAAAGUUGUACAAGGAUGCAGAAAAGAUUUUGAGAAGGGCUAAUAAAGCUACCCAGGGAAAGUACCAGGACAUUUUAGAUAACUUGAUAGAGUGA